UCAGAGUUUAGAGUGCCACAUUCUUCUCGAAUCACCCCUUUCUAUUUUACUAAACCAAAUUAGUGAUCCUCAAGCGGCAGGGAGUCCUAUCCUCCAUGGCAGCUUCCAAGCUACAGGCUUUCUGGAACCACCCAGCUGGCCCCAAAACCAUUCACUUUUGGGCUCCAACUGCUAAAUGGGUGAUCAGCAUAGCAAACAUUGCUGACUUCUCAAAGCCACCUGAAAUCAUAUCUAAUCCUCAGCAAACAGUGGUUACAUUCACCGGACUUAUUUGGUCACGCUACAGCUUGGUGAUUACGCCGAAGAACUGGAAUCUUUUCAGUGUUAACAUCACGAUGGCUGGGACAGGAUUGUAUCAGAGAGCGCGCAAACUUAAGUAAGUUGGAAGCUUGAAUCAAACCCUAGUAAUAAUUUGAGGUCUGAGUCUGAGUCUGCCUGUUUUUAACAGCUCUGGCUUUCCUCUUGGUUGAAACAUAAAUGAGCUCGCUGCUGCAA